AUGGACAGCCCGGAAUCUUCGUCGUGGAGAAAGCAUUGGAUGUUUUUCGCCGUGGCGAGCGGUGCUUGUGCGGCGUUUAACGGCGUGUUUGCGAAGCUAACCACUACUGAACUCACAACAACUCUAUCAACCGCCGUCGCCAAAGCUCUCGGAAUACAAUCCCACUCCCAAAUCGUCGAAAUCAUCGUCCGCACCAUCUUCUUCGUCCUCAACCUCACCUUCAACGGCAUCAUGUGGUCUUUAUUCACCACCGCCCUCGCCCGCGGCAAAUCCGCAACCCAAGUCUCCAUCAUGAACACCUCCACGAACUUCCUCGUCACCGCCUUCACAGGCCUCGUCAUCUUCUCAGAGGCCCUGCCCCCAAUGUGGUGGGCUGGCGCCACGCUCCUCGUUGCCGGCAGCGUCAUUGCAGGCCGCAAGGAUGAAGGCGAUGGUGAUGGCGCCAAAGGCACGGCGAGCGAGGCGUAUGAACCAGUGCCUGCUGGCAAUGGUCUUGAGCUGGACGAGGACGUAGUCGCCGGAGAGAGAUACCGGGAUGAGGACGUCCCUGACUUGGGAGAGCUCCGUAGCUGA